AUGGAUUCAUCUUUUUCAACAAAAUUUCUAGAGGUAGACGUGAAGAUUACUGACAUAUACUACCACCCAAAUGAAGUUCUUGUGAAAUUUCAAGGGCAGUAUUACACAGAAUGUGAGAUUGACUACCACAUUCUGCAAAGUGAAAUUCAGCAGGUGCCAAAGGUGAAAGAAAGCAUUGGCACUGGUGAGGCUUGUUUAGUCGAAGACCCGAAGUCUGGAAAAUGGUCCAGGGGAAGAGUAGUACAAAAAAAGAUCUAUACCUAUGAGGUAUUUCUGAUAGACAGUGGGAGAGUAUUGACAGUUCAUGAAUCUCACAUUGCUUCUGCCACUGAUGAGCUAUUUCAACUGCCUCCAAAGAUGGUUUUGGGCAUUUUUGCAAAUGUGCUACCAGCUAAUGAGAAAUGGACUCCAAAAGCUUUCAAUUACUUUUCAGCAUUCAGAAACAUGCGGAUUAAAGGCCAAAUACAAGCCAUCCUUCCACAUCAAACAUUUCUCCUCGAUGUGCCAAAAAUAACCAGUGAUGUUGUUGACCUGAAAUUGGGAAAGGUUGUUGAUGGAGAUACAUUCUGUCUUAUUGUACAAAUGUUAACUGAAUUUCCAAAGGAGUCUCUUUGUAAACAAAUGCCAGAUUUACUGCAGCAGAAAUACACACAGCCAGACUCUGUAUUAUUCAGUGCUGGAACUGAACCAGAACAAAUUCUGCAAAGUCUUCAGCCACUCUUAUCUGUUGAUAAGAUGGAGAAAGUAAAAAUAACCGUGGCAGUCAGUCCAAGUAAAUUUUACUGCCAGUUGCUGAGACAGAAGAUGGAGCUGGAUAUGUUGGCAACACGCAUGUCUUCCUUUUAUGAAUCUCUUAGCACAGAAAAUGAUCUCUCCUUUGAGAGUCUUGGAGUCCUUUGUGCAGCAAGACGAAAAAAUGGUCAGUGGCACAGAGGGGUGAUACAGCAGCUACUUCCUGAUAACAAAGUGAAGGUGUGGUUUAUGGAUUUUGGCAGCUGUGAAGCUGUACCACCCAAUUACCUUUUGAAGCUUCAACCAGAAUUCAUUUCCAUGCCUGGGUUUUCAUUCACUUGUGCACUGUCGUGUCUCAAUGAUCAGGAAGAAUCUGUAAGACAUAAUCAACUAGAAAUUUUUAAGGAGACACUGUUAAGGCAAAGUCCUGUUUAUGUCCAGAUUGAUCUUUUCAACGUUGAGGAAUGCUUGUAUUAUGUUACUUUGCAUAAACAUCAUGUAAUGAAUACUGAACACCUGUCUUGGGAAGAUAAUGUGGUCCCACAGUGUUGUCCUGUUAACAAGGAACCCUUUUACACAUGCAGGGACACAACUUCUGGGGGAAGCCUUGCAUUUUCUGAAUGUAGUUUUAAGAAUACCAUAGAGUCAGGACAUUCUUCAGAUGAAAGGGACUCUCCUUUAGUAUGCUCGCCUUCGAAAAUGUCUUUCAAGACAGCAGAAAUGGAAAUAGAGUCUGACUGUCUUGCCUUUACAGUGCAUGUUUUGAAUCCAUCAAGAUUCUGGGUUCAAACUAAUGAUUGUCGAGAUCCAUUUGAAGCAUUGAUGAAAAAAAUAGCAGAUGCAUAUGAUGCAGAUGAAACGGAUGAUAAAAUUUUGGAAAACCCAGAACCUGGAAAGCUGUGCUGUGCCCGGUCUGGUCAAGAUAAGCAUUUUUACAGGGCUGUUAUCACAGAAGUGAAAAACAGAAGUGUUGAUGUUAGUUUUUUGGAUUUUGGGAACACUGAAAUAGUGCCUCUUUGUGAUGUGAGAAUUUUGCUCCCUGAGCUUCAGGAAUUACCAGCUUUAGCCAUAUAUUGUUCCCUUGCUAAUGCAGUUUCAAUUGAAGGCAUAUGGCUGAAUAAAGAUAGUGACUAUUUUGCAAACAUUGUGACAGGCAAACUACUCACACUCCACCCCAUUGAAAAAAAAGGAAAUCAGUACAUUGUCCAUGUACGGUGUGGGAAUGGCCCAGAGCAAGAUGAUGUUCUCAAACUUAUGGUUCAGGCUGGACAUGCAGGAUGGGAAGUAAAACAGCAUCCAUUGCUGAAAGCAAUCAGUGUUUACCCAGAACAGGAACCAAAACAUAAAAUUAGAAGAGCAAAUUUUAAAUCUUGUACUCAGGAGAACAAAAUUGUGACAUGUAACAGUGCUGGUCAGAAUGAGAAAUUAUUGACUAUUGAUCACGCCAUCAAAGAGUCUGGUUUUAGUUCAACGCAGACAGAAAGCUCACUUUAUAAUAAAUGUGGAAGAAAAUUUGAGAAAACUGACAUUCAGAAGCCUUAUAAAGAGUUUAUAUUUGAACCAGGAACUGUACUUGAUGUGGUGUGUUCUCAUAGUUUUUCACCAGGUCACUUUUCAUGUCAGAUCAAGAAUAAAUUGCCAGAGCUAAAUAACUUGAUGGAGCAAAUUCAACGUCAUUAUAAUGCUCAAAACACCCCAUAUGAAAAUGGACACAUUGCCUGUGUUGUGAAACAUUCUCAGAAUGGAAAGUGGUACAGAGCUGCAGUAUUGAAACAUUUAUCAACAACUGAAGUUAAUGUUGUAUUUGUAGACUAUGGCAACUGGGAAAAAGUUUUGGUGAAAGACCUUCAAGCUAUUCUUCCAGAUUUUCUGACACUGGAAUGUCAAGCAUUCACAUGUUGUCUUAAUAUAGUUAGCAAAUCCUUAAUCUUUGAUCCAUUCAACUGGACUGAGGAGGUAUAUAGCGAUUUCCAACAUUUUGUCUCAUCUUCCAAUGAGCUACUGACUUGUACAAUUGCUGCGCUAAUGAUGAGUCCCCAUGGUCUAUAUUAUGUGGUUGAGUUGCGGACUCCAUUUGCUAGUAUACAGCAGUUUCUCAUAGGACGCAGUCACAUACAGUUCAACUCCUUUGAAUGUACAAGAUCACUCACACCAUUUCUCUCAUUGUACAGUUUCUACUAUUCACUUUUUAAUAUAAAAAUUGGAAAUGAAGAGGAGGUGUUUGUAAGCCAUAUAUGCAGCCCUACAGAAUUCUGUUGCCAGCUUACUAGAAAUGCAGAGGAUAUAGACAAGCUGUUGAAAAAGGUUACAGAGAUUAUCCAAAUGACAAAUGGUACACACAAAAUAAGAACAAAGAUAUGCUUGGCCAAGUAUUUUGAAGAUGGCCUCUUCUACAGAGCUUUAGCAUUUCCCGUGAAAUCAUCAGAUUACUGUCAAGUUUACUUUGUGGACUUUGGAAAUAAACAGUUAGUUGCCAAAAAUGAUUUGGUUGCUAUUCCAGAACAUGCUUCAGAAUUACUCUUCGCCCCUAUGCAAGCUCUUCGGUGUUAUCUCUCAGAUUUAAAAGAUACAGAAAUCCCAGUUGAAAUAAACAAGUGGUUUGAAAAGAAUUACUUGAGCAAAAAUCUUAAAGCAGUGAUAGUAUCUAAAGAAUCUGAUGGGCAGCUUGCUGUGGAAUUGUAUGAUAAAGAUCUACAAAUAAAUAGGAAGAUCAAAGAAUUAUUAAAGCAAAAUAAGGGUGACAAGGACCUAAAAGUUAUAAGCAGGGAUAGAGAAAAGUCUGCCACGAAGAAGAAAAUGAUACCUGAAGUAAAGUUAAAUGCAAAUCAAGCAAACGUCAAAAAUAAAGUUAAAAUGAACACAAGAUCAGAAAACAGUGCUAGUGUUGAGAAAUUAAGUACAUUUGGAGAAGAAAUCAUUGUCGUUAAGAAACAGCCUGUAAAGCUCCCAGUAAACUCAAAAAAGGCAAAUAUCCUGGUUCAAGCAAUUGAUCACCCUAAUAAAUUAGCUGUGAAUGAAAAUAAGACUACUGAAUCACUUGUACUGACAUUAAGCCCAUCUGAACAAGAAAGGAGUAGCGCUUGUAGGCCAAAGUACUCUAGUCUUAAGCAAGAUCCUAUUCAAACAAAUUCCAAAAUUUUAGGUUACAUUUCCUUUGUAACAAGUCCAUUAAGUUUCUAUGUUCAUUGUGCAGAGCAUGAAGAUAUGAUUGUGCACCUUGCUGAGAAACUGAAUGAAGGCAAGCUGGCUCUAGAGCCAGAGACAGUUGCUGAUCUUGAGAUAGGUGAUGUUGUUUUAGCAGAGUAUCAACUUGACUGUUGCAUAUAUAGAGCUGUUAUUAAAGAGAUUAAAUCAGAAGAGUGUUUUGAAGUAGAGUUUAUUGAUUAUGGUAACACAUCAACAGUGAGUUCAUCAAAAAUCUUUAAGAUGGAAAAGGAUUUCUUACAUUUUCCAAGACUCAGUAUACAUUGUUUUCUUAGCAAAGCCAAAGAUAAAAGCUGGAGUAGUGAUGCUGCUGCCUACUUGUCCAGUAAAGUAGAUGAUCAGCAGCUUGUAUUUGAGUUUUUGCAACAGCAUGACCAACAGUGGGAGAUCAGUGUGUUCUGUAAUGGUGUAUCUAUUAUAAGUGAGUUAAUGCAAAUAGAAGCCAGCAUAAGUUUACAGAAAAUACCUGUGCCAAGUCAUCAGAUCACAGAUAUGUGGGAAAGUCUGUCUCAAAUUCCCUACCAAAAAAUAAAACCUGGGCAGAAAGAAAUAGGUGAAAUACAGUUUAUGACAAGAAAUGGAAACUUCUAUGUAAUAUUGAAAAAGGAUGCACAAAUACUUGCUGAUUUAGAUGUGAUGGCUGCUCAGGAUGCUAGGGAGAACUUUUUACUUGCAGAAGAAAACAUUGCAGAAGGAUUAGAAUGCCUGACAAAAUCUCAGGAAACCUUGAAAUGGUAUCGCUCUGAAGUUGUUAAAAGAAUUUCAAAUGAGCAUAUGUUGGUAUUUUUCAUGGAUUUGGGAAAACUUGAAGUGGUGUCAGUACAUGAUGUACGGAUGUUGAGUGGCAAGAUCAGAGAUGUCCCAAGGAAUGCGGUGCUUUGCAGAUGGAUUUGGAUAGAAAAUGUAGGCGGUCUGUUUUAUGAGACUAUGGCAUCCAUUUUGAAACAUCAUAUUUUCACAUUCUUAUUUCUUAAAUACAUAGAAUUGGCUUCUAUUUGGGAAGUAGACAUUUUAAUAGAUGAGAUUCUGCUUUUGGAGUAUUGGAGUCAACACAUUUUGCAUAGCUCUUUAGAAGGAUCCAAUAUAUCAGAAAAUUUACUGGUGGAUAAAACAGUACCAGACUUGUCAUUCAGACGACAUUUAAUUGCUUGGGCAUCAUUCCAGGUGAAUCAACAGUAUGCUGGAUUUGUCACAUCAGUCACUGACCCCUCAGAUUUCUGCAUUCAGUUAGAAGAUUCCUUUAAAGAUUUCAAAACAUUGUUUAUGCUACUGUCCAGCCUUCCAGAAAACUUGGCAACUAUGCCAGAGGAGUUCAUUGUUCCUGGUGUCUGUUGUUUGAUAAAGACUGAGGCUGAUGCAGAAUGGAAUCGAGUUGAAGUUUCUGAGGUCUCAAAAGUUUCCAAUACUUUAAUACUUACUUUUGUUGAUGAUGGAUUAUCAGAUUCCAUUCCUAUCUCUGAUAUCCACAAGUUGAAAAUUAUCCCAGAAAAUCUUAUUAGCUUACCACGAUUAACUUAUCCUUCCUGUUUAUUUGGAAUCUCACCUGCUGGUGGAAAUGACUGGAAUUAUGAUGCAAAACUUAAAAUUAUAGAAUUUUUUGAGAGAAAAGAUCUCACAUUCCAGUUCAGUCAGCACCAUCAUGGACUAAAAUUAGGGGUAGAUGUUUUCUGCGGGCAGGACAACGCAGCAGACACAUUGGUUGCUUCUGGUUGUGCAGUGUAUACCAAAACAGCUUCUUUUGAGUCAGUUCAUUGUGCAAACACUGACUUCCUGAACUCACAAAAUCUUUGUGACCUGUCUCAGGCACCUGGUCAGAAGAGCUCUAAUGCAGGAAGUGUAUUGUCAGAUCUACAAAAAAAAGAUUUGCCUUUCAAAUGUGUUGCUGAUGAAAUUUCAAGAAAGAAACCUUCCAAAAAACAACAUUCUAAGAAAAAAAGAGACCAGAAGACAUUAUCAUGUGAUAACAGAAGAAGCAAUGGAAUUUGCUUUAAUUAUGACAAAAGUGUAGUUGACAAUGUUUGUGACAGAAAUGAAGCUGCUGUUUCUGAACUGACUCUCAAGAUUGCAGAGAUACAGAUUCACGAAGAGAGCCAAACACACAAAUACUUAAUGAGAGAGGAAUCUAUCCAAGUGCCUACAGACAGGUUCUCUGGAAGUUUUUAUUUAUGAACACUACCUUAGACAUUAAGGAUAAACAAGAGCUUGGCUGGAAGUACAUGUGCACUUCGUAAUGGGCUUCAUCCUGAAAGGAGGGAGCAAGCAGCAUACGACAGGCAAAGUAGCCUAUUUGAUGAGGUGGUAAAUCAACAUGUCACACUAACUUGUGAUUCAUCUAUCUAAAUCAACAUAUCUCACUAUUUUUUCAUUUUGAGGCACUAUUUUAAACAGUGCUUCGAAAUUAUGAGUAGAAACUGUUGAUUCUUACAAUUGUACUUCAUCUAUAGGGAUUUCCGUGCAACGAGUCUUAACUCCAAAGAAGAAUAUGGGCAUUUGGUUCUUGUUCAGAUUUCCUGUAUAAACUGUGUACUGGUAUAAUCUCAUAUGACUUUAAAAAUUCUGCUGUAGCUGAAUAUCAAUUUGAAAAAAAAUGUCUUAGGGCACAAUUGAAUGUAUAAAAGCAUUAGCACAUAGUCCUAAAAUAUUUAUGUUUAGCCAUUAUAGCUCUGCUUAAAUAAAAACAUUUUUUAAUUUCAGUGAACUGAAUUACUUACUGCAA